AUGCAGGAGGUGGACAGCACCCAGGCAGGCUCACAGCGGACCUUCAGUGUCCUGGAUCGCCUGCUGCUCACUCACCCUGUGUGGCUGCAGCUGUCACUCAACCAGGACUCCGCCCUGUACAUCCUGCUCAGAGAGCCUGUUGGGACUUUUCUGGUGCGCAAGUGCAGCUCCAGCCAGAGGAAGGUGCUGUGCUUGAGAGUGGCAGCCGACAGGAGUGCCUCCUCUGUUAAGGAGUGCUUCAUUUGUGAGGAGGACUCCACAUUCGCCUUGGAGAGCUCAGCACUCAGCUUCCCGGACUUGUGUCGUCUGGUGGCCUUCUACUGUAUCAGCAGAGAUGUCUUGCCGUUUCCUCUUCAGCUACCAGAGGCCAUUGCCAGUGCCACGACACACCGACAACUGGAAGCCAUCUCGCACAUGGGACAGGAGUUCUGGAGCUCACCGAGUGCUGUAGACAUCCAAAACGGGCCCCUCGGGCCUGUUGCAUCAACCAGCAGCGCCCAUGCCCAAAUGGGGGGGGCUCAGGACCGAUGGUCUCUGAUGACUCGAGGCAAGCAAGGCAAGGUCUGCUUCAUCAACCCGCUCUUCCUUCAGCUGGAGGUUUGGAAGCAGCAGCCACAACACACCAACCACAGCGCCUCCAAUAAACGGCACCGCUUCAAGCGCAGCAUGCGUCUCCGGCUCUCAGAGUCCUCCAUGAAUUUGUCCCUGGAAGGCAUUGGCUCCUACUCACCUCCGCCGUCGGUGGAGCAACCCGGCGGGUCGGAGGGGCUGCACAAGGCUAGCCCUAAUCCCCAGAGAAGAGUUCACGCGGGGGCCGGCGUCCUGAGGAGAACCCCCGCAGUCUCGCCCGGGUCAGCAGAGGAAGACGACAUGAUGGCCAUUUAUGUGCCACAGGCAUCUGCUGCUGCCGAUGAGACACCCAAGUUCCAGCAGGAGGCGGGAAUCGAAGGGACAGUUCUGGGCCUGGAGCGCCGGCCGGCUCCGUCCUUGGCUGAGCUCGACAGCUGCAGCUCCUUCAGCAGCAUGGAGGACGAAAACGACUCCGAUUCAGAACCAGAAAGCAUGGCCCAAGCCCAAACAAACGCCUUCCACCGCCCGCCACUGGUCCGCUCGCGAGGCCGCGGAGGGCUACAUCGCAUGAGCGAGGCGUUUGUGUGUUUCUUCGCGCCCGACAAGCGUCUGACUCGACUGGUGGAGGAACUGGCCCGGGACAGACGCUCGGUCUUCGGGGGCACGGUUCAGGACUUCCUCCAGGAGCAGAGAAAGGUGCUGAAAGCGCUGAGCUCCUCUUCGUCGUCUUCGGCGACAGGUGCAACUUCGGUGCAGCUUCUGCAAGGCCUGCGCCUCUUCCUGUCACAGGCGAAGUGUUGCCUGCUGGACAGCAGAGAACUUGAGCCUCCCAUUGAAACCCUGGUGCCCGAGAACGAGAAAGACCUGGCGUUGGAGCGGGCCAUGUUCUCCUGCAUCCUCAGGCCUUUGAAGUGCCACCUUGAGAAAGCCCUCACAGCCUUCCACAGUCAAGACGGCUCCACCCAGCGCCUCGCUCAGAACAUGCUCCGCCUGAAAGGGAACGGCGCCAUCGAGCGGCUCGGCGUGCGGACGGGGGUCCCAGACGCACGGGAAGUGGAGAGGGUGAAGCAGAAACUGAUCCUCAUGCAGCGAACGCACUCGCCCAUUGAUAAAGUGCUCCUGCUGCUCCAAGUGUGCAAGUUUGUCCACAAAGCGAUGGGGACCUUACAUGGACAGGAUGUAAGCUGGGAUGACUUCCUUCCUGCGCUGUCCUAUGUGAUGGUAGAAUGCAACAGGCCACACCUGCUGAUAGAGGUGGAGUACAUGAUGGAGCUGCUGGAGCCCUCCUGGCUUGGCGGAGAAGGUGGGUACUACCUGACCAGCGUGUACGCCAGCCUGUGUCUGAUCCAGAGCCUGGAGCAGAAUCAACCAUUCUCUGGCUGCCUGACGCCACAAGUGCAGGAAGCUCUGAAGGAGUGGAGCUGCAGACGGACCCUGGAGGCCCAGAAACAAAAGGAGAGCCAGCAGAGCCAAAGGUGCGUUCGGAUACUGUUCCAGGACGGGGAGCGGAGCGCCGUGCGCACGUUGCAGUGGAGAGCCGGGGAGACCAGCCAGGCCCUGGCGCAGCUGUGCGCCUCCACCUUCGGAGUGUCCGACCCCCAGCAAUACACACUGUACUGGCGCAGCGGCGGCGAGAUGAGGGCCCUGCCGGCCCAGGCCCAGCCCCAGGACCUGGCGAGCCACAGCGAGGGGGGGCCCUCGCUCUCCUACCUGAGGACCGACCACGACUUCAGCAAGAUGCGACGGCUCACCAGAGGCGGCGCGGUGGACCUGAGCGAGUCGGUGUGCGAGGAGUGAGUGGGAGGCACAGAGGAAGGAGGAGGGGGAGAUGGAUGGUUGGUGUUUUUCUCUGUCUCUUUCUCUCUCUGUCCCCCCUCUCCGGCGGUGUGUUGUGCCUCGUCACGGGUCGGGACUCGUCGUGAAGAACUACGGUCCUCCUCCCAUGCUGGUUCCGGGCGGACCAGAGCAAAGCAGAGACUUGCCGAAAGUUGUGCCACACAUCGAGGCUGCUUGUGUUAAAAGGAGUGUACUAUUUGUGACAUGGAAAAUAUGUAAUAAAUGGAUUUGAUUGUUUUUUUUUUUCCUUUUUGUUUUUGUUUUUUUUGUUUUUCCUGCAACACGAACCCAGAGUUAUGCCAUGAAGGGAUCACAUCGCUGAGAGAGACGAGGAGGCGCAAAUCCAAAGAAUACAAAUUCUGCGAGACUACUGUUGCCUGGAAACAAAACCACUUCCUGUACGCACUUAGGGGGGCAAAUUGUCUGUGGUGGUGAUGUAACCCUUUCACGGUGUAAGUCUGGGCUAAAUCUUAAAGACACUUGGAUGUAAUAUUGCUUCACUUUCUGUGCAAAAAAAAAAAAAAAGAAAAGAAAAAAAAGUCCUCAGAUGUUCAUUGGUGGCGAUGCGACCUUUUCUGUGGUUCGCUGAAUUGUGGCUUCACAAAAAAAAAAAAAAAACGUGAAAGGUGUUCUAGCCAAGACCAAACUGCAGUACCAAAGUGACAGAACAUGCAUACAGAGGGCUGGUUUGGGCUGGUUUGGGUUUCAAAGUAAUGAAAUUUGAAAUGAUCUGCGUAUAAGAAUCUCCCACAGAGAUGGUUUUAUGUUUGCUUGUUGAUGAGAAGACUCCUCUCCUUGUUGUCAGUUUCUCACAUGGUUUUUUUUUUUUGCUGGUGGGAUAAUGAUUAUGUGGGAGGAAGGUGACAGAAAAGCUUCAGUUCUUUUAUUUUUAAAGGCCCUGUCUACACUUAUAUUUGGCUUUCCCGCUUCGCGUCUAGGGAUGGGCAAAGAGGACCGGACGUUUUCUCACGAUAAUUUCUCGUAUUUUAACGAUGCUGCAAUAACGGUGAAAGUGAUUAACAAAAAAAA